AUAUGUUUCAAUGGUAAAAUCCAGUUUAACGAAAGAUGGAGUGUGCGGUGGCCCCAGAGGUUUGGUAUUUACAGAUGGCUACGUUCAAAUGCGUUCAUUGCACCAUUCUGGGCUAGGGUGGAACAUGCAGCAUUUAACACAGGAAAUUCCAAGGUUUAUUAUCACGCUUACGAGCAAAGCAACGAGAACACGGAUCAAACAAGUAACAUACUCGGUCUGGCCUCACGUCAUGUUCAGAAUUACACUAACGAUGAAAAAUUUAGAAACUUUGAAGCCACUUGGGUUCUGGUCGUCACUUGGGUAAAUGUCUGCCCUUACAACAAAUGUACAGAACGUUGUAGUUUGGUAAGUUAUGAUUUUCACAUUAAUUAUAUUUUUCAGACAUUUUUCUUACGCACUGUCUUUUUUUGGAACAAACGAUAGUUUUUGGGUCGGUGGUUUGACCGUUUUUCAUUGCUAUUUUAGAUUCUCCGAAAAGUAACCUCUUUAAUUCAGCAACUUUAGAUUGAUGAUUAGCUUUCGAAUAGACCUUGUCACUAGUGUAGUGAAUCUAGUGUCGAAUAAUUUCCGUAAAACGGCUUUUCUGAAAAAAAUAUGAAUUGUAACCUAAAGCUUCACUCCUAACGAUUACACCGAAAAACAUUGAGGGCGUUAUAUGCAGCUGCAUGCGCUAGAACGACUUUUUUUUUUGUCUGUAAAAAUUUUUCUUCCUUUCGACUAAAAUAUCCCGGGAAAAAUUGCAGACAAAUACAUCGAAAAUCUAAUACAAGCGUCUGGAGAAAGUUAUGCACAGUUACGGCCCCCAAAAUCCUUUGCUGUAGCUUCAGUUUACAAUUAAUUUUUUUCUCAGAACAGCCGUUUUACGCAAAUUAUUUUUCUCAUACAAACACUGUAAUUUCUCACGCGGUUGCCUACUCGUCAAGAUGGCUUUCAAAACCGUGACAAGGUCUGUAAAACUUCGCUCGCUGUGCAAUAUUAAUAUUGACUGACUGCUUUGUUAGUCCUGUACUAGCCUGCGAGUAGAGCCGUCUUCGCCAUUUUCUACACCAGGUGUUGGAUCUAUGUUAUUGGUGGGAAAAUGGUACGUGAGAAACUAGAGAACAUUAGCUGAAUGGGAAGCGCUCUUUGGUUGAGUGGGGAUUAAGUGCACUAUUUUGAAAGACACUUUUUUGCCACAAUUUUAUUUCAACCUUAUGCCUUGGUUUGGUGAACACAGAGACUUCAGAUUGCCAUGUUUUGGGUGGAAUGAUAGGCGAGAUUAGAAUAGCGACCACGUCUUAGAAGUUUUUUAAUUUUUUAAAUACCUUCAAUGUAUUUCCAACAUAAUCGUGGAAAGAGUCACAAGAUCUUUGUCCCGGUGCGCCCAUAACAAGUAGUGGGAGUAGCGUGCAGGUCAUGCAUUAGACGGCUUGUGUUAAAAUUCAUCGCCAGUUUCAUUUCAUUUUCAGAAUGGCAUUUGCUGAAUAAUUCGUCUUAUAAUUUGUGACUAUACCUUCCAAUUUUUUUUAAAUAACGUAUUCCCGGGGAGGAGGAGGAUACUCAAUAAAGAUUCAUACAGGAAGGCUCAGCCCUGGGGUCCAACCCUUACCCUUCAAUAUUCCAUUUUUUUACAGCAAAGGUGCCCGUUUCCUAUACUCUAAAAACCUGCGACUUAGAACCUGUUAUACUAAAAUUUGUCAAUUAGGCCCCCUCCUUACAAGAACCUGUUUAGCGUAAAUUUGAAACAGGUUUUUAUUUUCUAAAACUUCUGUACGCUUGGACAAAUAAGAUAAGUCACCAUUCAGAAUCCUCUUUGGAGGUAUAAAUGUCUUGAUGAUCACUCCCACUACAGUGUGUUGAAUGCAGAUUUCAUAUAAGGAAUAAGCUGAAUAUAAUACUAAGUACUCUUAGCUUCAACGGUGUUUUUCUCUUCCGAAAAUAAGAAGCUAUUUAAGAACCUACAUAGCCUAAACUUGUGCAUGCUAAUUACCAUUUAUGUAAGAACCUGUUUAUGCUGACUUGGGAAAAUGCAGGUUAUUAGUCGUACUUUCUGUCGUUAUGAGUCGUUUUUAUUGUAUUUUCCAUUGAGAAAUGGCACCCCUUUAGACCUUUGCAUCCCUUUUAUCUGCUGUAAAAUUCACUGAAGAAGUAGAUAAGACUAAAUCACUAAACCAGGACGUUUUCUCGGCCUUUUCACAAUUAUAAAAUGCAUCUGUUGGCCGAUUUGGGCCUAUUUACAGACUGAAAUGACAGACCAGUUCUACCGUUCAUAUACUUUAAUUGAUGAAAUCCCUACCCUUUCAUAUUUACCCGAAGAGUGAAAAAGGUACCCCUUUCGAGCGUAGCCUCCCCGUUUUAAAACAAUCUUGCUUAGGUUUGCUUGUCAGCCCCCACUCAUUUUCUGAGUGCAGAGUGACUAAAUGAGUGUUUGAAAGUGUGAUUGCGUGGAGAUGGGUUCUUGCUAGCACAGUUUAAUUGAAUCCAGUCAAUUACGUCUUACGAGGUCAUUGGUUCGAAUCCCGUUCGGAAUUCUUUUCGGAUUUAUUUGCAUUUGCUUAAAUUGCAAUUACCUCUGCGACAAUCAUAUAUUCGUGUAUUUUCGCAGUUCACAUCAUCUUCAUGUAACAUUUAACUUGCUACAAAGUUGUUUACAAUUUUUUAAAUCUUCCCGGCUCUACUUUGUUUAUAGGGAUGUCAAGAUGUCGAAAAUAGCUAUGAACAGGUUAAAGAUUUAUCGCUAUACCACUGACUAAAAUAAUGUCCUGAGUUUUAUGUUUGUAGAGGAACACUUUUCAAGCAGUCAUCAUAACAGACUGGGGUAACACGUUUCUGAUUUACAACUACCCUUCAGGAGGAAUCGAGUGGACAGUUAAUGCUCUUGUGUAAGUCAUACUUAUACAGAGUCAAAGGCCUAUGCCAAACGUCGAACGUUUCAUGAGACGAACCAAACUUAGUAAGUUAAGUUCUUGGAAAAGUUCGACAUCUAGCCUCAGUAAAAGUUCGUCUGUAUGAGUUUGGAUCGCGCAAAACGUUCUAUCCGUGUGCGUCAGACGUCCGAAGAUCGUCUCCGGGACAAACGUUGAUCUUCACAUGUAACGAACGAACUAGACUAGUAAAUUAAAUGCUAUUUAACCUCGUUCGGGAGAAAACUUUUUAGAAUUGCUUUUUGGUCUGAUUCAGUUGAUUGGUUCGACGCGUUCUAAGUUCGACGUCUGACCCGACAGACGAUCUUAACUUAAUUUAGGUCGACCUUAACUAGAGUUUGGUUCGUUUCAUGAAAAUUCGAAGUUUGGCCUAGUCCUUACACAUCACUAGUUGAAUGCUGUUAAGUGAGCUUGAAACGUUUAGAGGGAGCACUUCUUUGUUGUUGUUUUUGUGGCUUUUUAGGCUGUUUUUAGUGUCUCUGUGGGACCUGAUUGCUGAGUAUUGUGGGUUGCAAGGUUUUUUUUUAAAUAUUAUAAUAAAUUCUAAUUCAGUUCAAACGUUGGAUCAAUUCAUAUUCAAUAUUAAAGGAAAUAUAAUAAUAUGUGAUGAUAGUAAUGAUCACGACAAUGGAUGAUACGGUAUAUAACAUUAUACGACAUAUGAUAUAUAUUACCAACCACACUGAUUUUUAUCAAAAUACUGUUUUCCUCGUGGUUUGAUUGGCAAUUAUCUUUUCUGCAGAUCUGAAUAUUCUGAAUGGACAGGUGUGUAUGGUAUUCCAGUAGCCGGUUGGAGCGCUGAAGGCAUUCACAAUCUCAACCUUGAAGGGUGAGGCGUGCUAGUUACCUUGUGGCCUGCGCCGCAGACGAAACUAAACUCUGGUUAAGUCCGUCUGCGUAACAUCGCCGAAAUCCUUGUUCUGGGACCCUACCUGUGUGGUGGGAUUUGAGUACGCUCCAUGAUUCGCUUGUUCAAAAUUCCAUCGUCGAUUUGCCCAUCAAGGUGAAGGAAAUUCGAAACAGUCUUCCAGUAAUUCGUGGAGUCCGUUGGGGCCCAGGACAAGGAUAUCGGUGCUGCUGCGGUGUUAAUAAUCGAGGUUGAAUUACGUCUGCGACUCAGGCUAGUUUCCCUGCGGUGAAAUAUUUAUCUGUAAGAACUCAACAGUAACAAAAUGUUCAAUAAAAAGCAACUAUAUGUACAGUGUACUUGAAUUUACCUGGGAUUAUAUCUGUUAGAGUGGAAUUCCUUCACGGCUUGACAAUAAGUCAGGACAAGGAAAUGAACGUUUCUUUUAAGACUUAGUUCUCUUUAUUUGGCGAAACCUCCCUGGGCAAUCUGAUUGCUGUUAAACAAGAUUUAUAUUUAUCUUUAAAUUUAUUGCAAUGCGUGUCAUGUCCUAUGCCCUUUUCUCCACAAUAAAGGUUACAGUAUAUAACUGUAAUGUACUUUUUUUAUAUACAUGCAUGUACACCAUACCUUUUAAUACGGAAAUCAACAAUGUCCCAUCACUGGGUCUCCAUUGGGCUCAUUAUGAAAUUAUCUUACGUGAUAGUUAAUUCCCUUGAAAAGGACGUGCUAUCCGAAUUUUUUUUUCCAAACUUUGGCACAAUUGACAUCCAUAUAUGGGAUACUGCAAUAAAAAAUGGGGCCAUCGUGCUUGUUUUCACCCACCGUGCCCGUAAUUCUUAGCGUUUUUUUCCUAGUUAUGUGCAAAAUGUUGGAAACUUGAAUAGCUAUCAAAAAUUCCUAUCACACAACAAAAGCUAUGGAUCUUACUAAAACUUAGAGCCUCUUAGUAAAAGUGAAAAGGACAGUUUUCACGUCAUUCAUAUCCAAAUAAUACAACUUCUACUCUCCAGAUUUUUUUCUUCUUAAGAUAUAUUUUUCGUGUAGCCAUAGCGAUUUAAAAACACCAAUAAAAAAGCGGGGUGACCGAUCUCGUUUCAUCGCAAAAAGACCACAAAGGAACAAUUUCGGCUUCAAAUGAUCAUUUUAAGCGACUGGGCUUGAGCGAGUUCCAACCGUUUUAGCUUGGAAGAGUUAUCAAAAUCGCUAUUAAAAGCAUUUGACUUGAAAAGGAACCUUUGUUGUCUCUCUUUAGGCGACCAGUGCAAAUCACCGCCGCCUUGGAAGUCGCAAUGUUAUGCUCAGUACAAAACAAAGGAAUUGCUAUUAGUCAGUCUGGGAAGCUAUCAUCCCCAGGCUAUUAUUAAUUCUGAAUAAUACACAUGUCUCUGUGGUCAGUGGGAGGGUGGGUGCGGUUAGUGAUUGACUGUGCUAUACGGUUUUAAAGUAUAUUUAUCCUAGUGAAUGGCUUAGAAUGAAGAGUUCCUUUUUUAGGCUUUGCUAAAUUUAUAUGAUGAGAUAUGGAUUGUGGAUUCUUACGAAGCAGGAAACUGAGGCUGAUAACAACCCUCUAAAUCUGGAGUUUUUCAUAUCCUACAAAACAAAUUCAACUAUUGUUUAUCAUUCAUUCAAAUAUUUGAAAUACUGUCAAACUCUAAUAAAUAUAAAAAUAAUAAUAAUAAUAAUACUAAUGACAGUGAAAUAAAGUUGCAUGAAUUAAGAAUAACCCCUUUAUUUACCCUCGACAGUAUUUAUAGCGCAAAGUAUAGUGGGGCCGGUCAGUGCCUGAAAUAAUAUCAACCAAACACAAUGGGGUUGAUAGCCCCAACUGACCGGGGCCAAAUAACGCAGGUUUGUGGAGGAUUUGAUGUCGAAAUUACCGUCAACAAUUCCAGCUAGCGGUCAGAGCAAGACUUGGACUCGGGGCCUCCAUCCUGCAACCACUUGGUCUCGCUACUACCACCUGUUCAACUAAUGGCUAGUUCCUCGAGUAGCUUGUUAAUUUGUGUUGUACUAUUUUGCUGAUUUGUGAUCGCUAAACACUUGAUAGACUUAAAAUAUUAUACUAUUGUUUUAUACAGGUCGGGUACAGUGCUGGGAAUGUAUAACUUGGACAAGAGGAAUGGAAAUACAGGCACGCUAGGCAGAUAUUUUUGGAAAAUAGAAAACCAGGAAAGAGACGGUGACAUAAAAAGGUGCAUCGAUUGGAUUACUUUUCAAGACGACGUGCUGUUUAGGUUUUGGUAUGAUCAGCAGUUUCGAUCUCGACGUUUUAACCGGCGUUUGGCGUGUCCGUGCACUAUAUGGCAGGCAUUUCUCGACAGGGGACGAUUCUCUCCGGACUUUUCAUACCCUUCUUCCAAUUUUUGUUUUAGGUCCAGACGCUCCAGGAUCUUUUUUCAUUUCAGUAAUGACCUUGGCCUUGUGUUUUUUCGGAUAAGACAACUCUGCUGUUACUCGUUGUCUUUCAAUGACUUUGGUGCCCUUAUAACUGGUCCGCCGGACGGAAGUCACGCUAUUGUUGAACCAAUUUUUGGCGCUAGCGGGGUUACUACCGACAGAGACGCCGAAACAUUUUGCUGUGCUGAUCCAGAUUUGUGCAGUCUAUAUUAUUUUUAUCGUCCAAGUGAUGAUUGCUUUUUUUACCGACCUCGUAGGAGACGUAAGUUUUUUUGUUGUGCUACUCCUUUCUUUAAACAAGGAUGUCUUAAUUAGUGCUAAGGCUGAAAGGAGAGUAACAAGGUUACUUUGUUCGUACGUAGAACCUGGAAAAAUUGUUUAAAUCUGUAGAAACUAAAAUGCUUCGAAGUUACAGUGCGACUACCGUAGACAAAGUUGACCAAUCGGAGUACAGGAAAAUAACAAUACUUUCCGAUACAACUCACUUUGACUCUGAAGAUGACUGCCGCACAGGUUGUCGAAACGUCAGUCACUGUCAACAACAACAGUCCUAUUCAGGACUACGUUCACCCGGAGGAUCAAACUCAACUUACUUUUGAAAUGACUCCUGGGUUCAAACCUUUCACAGUAAUACUUUCCGAGAUAGUUAGCUGUCAAUCGUAAUCGAAAUAAACAACAUGGAUCGAAAUCUACAGACGAAGGGCUGUUGUGCCAUGAAUAUUUUCCAAUUAUACUUGGAGAAAAUCUCCUUAGGUUUAUGAAUUUAUGGUACUAGUUAAUGGUUAAAAUGCAUUUCGCGUAUUUCCUUCACCGCCCAAAACUACGUUUACUGACAGGAGCGGUGCAGUAUCCUAAGAGGUAAAAAAAGCUUGAGAACUCUGUUUAUCCUAAUUUAAUACCUUAAUUACUUGCUAUGUUGUUCCAGGUUUGUUCUGGGGUGAUCCACAUUUUAGGACACUAGAUGGUGGGAAUUAUACGUUCAACGGCCUUGGUGAAUAUGUAAUGAUCGACGCACAAGAUGGGGUAUUCCAACUACAAGCCAGGACAAGCCUUGCCCUACAAAAUUCAACUACUGCCACAAUUUUCUCAGCCGGAGCUGCUAAAGAAGAAAACACAAGUGUCGUUGAAGUAAAAGUGAAGAAAGGAGGUGAGACAUACUCGGAUACAUAGUAGCAAUCAGAUUGUCUAAAUGACCUGAUUAUUCUUUUCUGAUCGGUCACACUGAGGCCACAAAAUUCACACUUUGCUCACCGUGUGCUCAACGAUUCAGCUUUUUUCAAUGCAGUAGAAACCUACGUAUAAGACCCUAAAAUUUAGGAACCUGUUAGGCUGAAAUUUUCAUUUUAAACCCCCUUUUCAUAAGAACCUGUUAAGCCUAAAAUUUUCAUUAGAUUUUUAUUUUACAAAAAUGAAGGCACCCCUGAAAAUACAGAAAAAAAAUUUAGUCUAGGUUUCAGUCAUCAAGAUUUAAAGAAUAAACUAAAAUGAAAACCAUAUCAUGUCUUUGCCAAUACUGGAUCACACAGUGCAAUUAUUAAGAAUACAGAUCUAUGUGUCACUGCAUGCAGCAUGAAGGACAUGCAUGCUAGUACUUUGGAAAGAUAAAUUUACUGUAUGGUAAUCAUCUAAACUGUAUUCUAGAUAAUUAUUUAAUACAGCAAUAUAUUCCAUACCACAUAUACCCUGUAGUAGUUUUCUGUGCUGAUCGCUAAUGUCCCUAACAAAUUAAGAACCUGUUUAAGAAUUAACCUAAGUAGUCUAAAAUCGCACUAAAUACCAUUUCUAUAAGAACCUAUUUAGGCUAAGUUGGAAAAAUCUAGGUUCUUAUACGCGGGUUUUUACUGUAUCCAAAAACUUAAAGACAUGUAAACGUUUUAUUUUUUUUUUAGGUGGAAUCGACAUUUUGAUUGAAGAAACAAUUUACCCUAACUACGCCAAUCUGACGAAUCAAACCAUAGAUGUCGGCGGAAACCUUUCGUUCUCGAAACCAGAAGCAAACUGUGUAGAGGUUUAUUUUCCCUCAACAACGUCCGUGCAGUUCUGCGAGAAAAGAGAAAUGCUCUCCUUUGUGGUUACUCUUAGCGAAGAUUACAGAAACAGCACCAGAGGAUUACUGGGUACUUGGAAUGAUGAUCCUAAUGACGACUUCACAUUGCCUGAUGGGACGGUAUUGCCUCCAUCUUUAACAUCAAGGAAAAUUCACUUCGAUUUUGGCGUUAAGUGUGAGUUUUUGAUUACAUAUAUGAAAAACCGUUUUCGCUUGAAAAGUAUGAACACUGCCCAGUGGGACGUAAUGGAUUUAUGGGUAGAACUUUUUUUACCAUUGCACAUUUAAAGUUCUUUCCGGAAAAGUUUACAUUAUCUAAACUUUCCGCGACGAUGUAUUCCAAAAAGCGUCAACUGACGACUUCCAGCUUUCUUGGCGAUAAGCUGACAGUUUCACCUGUGCAAGGCACAUCAGAGAUCUCUAUAGUUAAAGAGCGUAACCAUAUCGCUAACGCACACUUAAAAAUCAACGUAAGAUAGGAUCGACGUAAGCGCUUUCUUGAAAGACAUAUAAAAGACAACGGCAACGUUGAUUCGUCUGACAACUUUCUUUCUUGCAUCGUGUAGUUAAGAAAAAAAACAUCUUUCUUGUUUAACGCUUUUAUUUUUUCAGGGCAAAUCAAUCAGUCUCAGUCAUUGUUUACGUAUGCUCAAAAUGAAAGCGUAGAUACCUUUGCGAAACCGGACUUUUUGCCUAUGUUCAUUGAAAACAUAACGUGGUUUAACGCAUCUGUGGAGAGAGAGGCCAGGACUCGAUGUGGAGAUGACAUCGAGUGCUUAUUCGACGCUGCAGCCACCAACGACGUGUCUAUUGGACUGGUAACAAAAGAUAUAAAUACUCAGUUUGAGAACGAAACAAACAUCCUCGGUAAGUCACCUGAGGAAUUGUGUUGCUAAGGGGAAAGGUGGGGGAGGGGGGGGGGUACUGCCAUAUAUGGGCUAGAUACAUUUACGUAUGUCCCGCUCCAUGGGAUGUGUCUUUUUUGAGGGUUUUGAUCUUUUGGGGCAUCAUUUUUGCCCUUGUUCGCGUUGUUUUUGCCAGUGUUAUCUUUCGAUUCUUUGUGUUGUAAUAAGAUUUUUUCCUAAGCAUUUUAAACUAAAAACAAACAUCUGUUCACCUGUGGAUUUUUACAAUCAUGCUAGUUAGGCACAAUUGUAACAUAAAUGUUUUCGGCACGUUUGGCCCUGGUUGAAGUGGUUGACAUCGGACCGAGCCACGCAGGUUUUUCCUUAAUGUGUAAUGUGCUUUAUUAUUUCCUUAAACCAAGAUCUUAGUUGAAUUCAUCUUAAUGGUGAUCUACAAUUGUGACAAACAGUAGCCAACCCGAUUCCUCGAACCCUGGAAGAGAAAGAGAAUUGUUUAGAUAAUGAGGAAAAACCGAGGGUAAAAAUCAUAAGGGAAAAGAAAGUCAAUAUUGGUGGGAAUCGUCGAGAAACCGACAGUUCGUGAAAACAAUAUUCUAAAAUGUUUUGUUCUCUACCGUAGAAAAUUUUCCUCCAGUGAUAGUAAAUUCCUCGGAUGUAAUAAAUGCAACGCUUGAUGGAAUUGUUCAGUUUAAUAUUACUGCGGAGGACAAAGACACUGUAAAGUUUGAAGUGAUUAACAAACCUAAAAGUGCCACGGUAACACAAAGUGGAAACGUGCUCUACUUUUAUUGGCCUGUAUUGUCGUCACAAAAGGUACAUAACUUUAAACAAUCAGUGCGACCCAGUAUAAUCUGCUUCACAACCGUUCUAUGGGUUGUCACGCAACGCUCCAGUGGGGUGGACCGUUCCGUGACUACCCAAAGAACGGCUGUGCAGCAGAGACUAGGGCCACUGUUACGAAAACUAAAGCGCGCGUAAAAGUUUGUGAGGUGCUUUGGGUUAUAGUAUCGCGAAGUAUUGUUAUUGGUUGUUUGUAUUUUGGCGAGCCCGUAGCGCGACUCAAACAAACAAGUUGUAAAAUACAAUAAACCAAAACAACGAAUAGCGUAGAUACCGUAAAAUUCCGAAAAUAAGCCCCUCCAAAUAUAAACCCCCCAAUCUGGUAACGCAAAAUCGCUACGUUAAAUCGUCCCUCCAGUUAUAAGCUCCCCGGGGGCUUGUACUUGGAAAAUUGCCCUCAAAUACAAAGUAAAACAAAGCAAAAACGGUAAAUUUACUUCCAACUAUAUGGCUAGCCCGGUCGAUUUUGAAACGCAAAUUUCCCUCCGUAGAUAAGCCCCUCCGACUAUAAGCCCUUCCAAAAAUAAGCCCCUCAAAAAGGGCCUUUGAAAAAUAUAAGCCCCGCGGCUUAUUUUCGGAAUUUUACGGUAUAUGAAACAAGAAAGAGCGUCAACUUUAGCCGCUUUUCGUAGAAUGGUUAGGCAUGAAGAGAACUAAUGAGAAUAAAAUGAAUCCAAGUUAUUUGUGAUUAAAAGAAGCGGUGGGAGGAGGGUAUAUCAGCACUACCUUAACGAUCACAGACCUCAGUAUGAACUCCGUCAACCAUAGACGCAACUUAUUUCCCAGGGCCCAGUUGUUCGAAGGCCGAUUACCGCUUAACCCGGGGUUAAAUUUAACCCGGAUUUCUCUUUCUUAUGUUCAAAAGCAUUUUCUCGGAUAAUUUUCUCUGUUAUAUUUAGAGCUUUCAAUCAUCGACUUGUACACAAGGUUUCAAAUCUGAAUUCAAAUCUCGCACUAACCCUGGGUUAUCUUAAACCAGCUUUGAACAUCUCGGCCCAGGUUCACUCUCUAACCCUUUGGGACGGGUACGUGAGGACCAUGGGAACGAGGUUGCCAUAGACGAAGGCAGGAGCAAUAGAGAAAGGCCCUAGGAGAAGGGAUGACUAGAAGCGAUUGCAUUUGGGUAAACAUAAAAACAGAGGCCAGAUUUCGUUUAGUCAAGUUUAUCAGAGUUUGUAUGAAGGUGUUUGCUUUAAUAAUCCCGAAUAAUUUGCAUAUGUGACAAUGAUAUUACCAAUAAUAGAUGUUUCUUUCAGUAAUUUAUACUUUAAAGCUCGAAGUUAACGAAAAUGAUCAAAUUCAUUCAAACUGCUGUCACCUAACCAAAAAAGUAAAUUCAGAUUUUUAAUUUUUGUUUUUGUUGUUACUUUUUUUUUGUCGCUUUUCUCUGGUCAGUUCAAUCUAUCAAUCGUUGCUACUGAUGACAAAGGUGCAAGCGCACUUUGGAAUCCAACAAUUAGGAUGUGCGCCUGCAACAACGAUGGACCGUGCAUAGAGCCAGAAGAGGGUGAUUCCAUCAACACCGACAUCAAGUUUAUUUACAUGGGAUGUGCAUGCCAAGGAGGUUAUACGGGAAGGUUCUGCGAAAGUGAAAUUGAUGCCUGCGAAUUGAAUGGUCAGCCGUGUUACAUAGGAGUUACAUGCAUUGAUCUUGACCCACCAGCAAAUGUCAGUGGAUAUAUUUGUGGGCCCUGUCCGACAGGAUUUACCGGAGAUGGCGCUCAGUGUUUAGGUGGGUAUGGCUAUUGUGAUUCAAAUUUAUCCUCCGUUUAAAUUUUGUGUUCCCUUGAGUUUGAGUAUUUUCAUGAAUGAUAAUGAGUUUAGUGAGGAAGAGAGACAAAAAAAGAAAUUUUUUAAACAAGAACAUAGCGUUGUUAAUUAUAAUUUUAUUACGCGUGCCAGUAUGACUUCAAGAGACCUCUUUAGCACGAAAUAAAGCCUAGUAAAUGCCCAUCUAAAGAGAAAAAACAGGGCCAGGAAAGCGAAAGAAGAUAGGAGGAGAGAAAGCGAAAAUUUGAAAAUUUGCAUUGUUCGUAAUGAAAGCUUAAAUUUAGCAUCAGGGGCUGAAGGCAGCGCAGUCCUCGACAUCGAAAAGGAAUUUGGGGCGGUAUUGAUUGUUUAUAGUCAGACAGUUAGACCAGAAAACGGCUCGAACAACUGCAAAAGGCGUUACUUAAUUCUGGCAAAAUUCCGAGUAGCUUAUGAAUGGAAUGAAUUGAAACAUUAUUUGAGCCCUUGCAGAAGGAUUAAACACCUACCAUGUUGGGAAAUGCUGUAACAACAUAAAGGGUAUGCAUUAAAAGACCUUAAUAGCCCAUUUAAGGAAACUUCUCUAAUAUAAAACCUGUUAGCGUUUACAUUAUCGAACUUUUUCCUUAGACAUCGACGAAUGUCAAACUAGUAACACAAACAACUGCGAGCAAAUCUGUGUCAAUACAGCGGGAUCCUACUAUUGUACUUGUCGCGAUGGAUUCACCAGUAAAGCGGAUAAACAAAGCUGCGAAGGUGAGAAGCUUUACUCAACAGAAACUAAUACCAGGGGCGGAUCUAGGGGGAGGGUGCAGGGGGUGCGCACCCCCCCCCCCUCGAGAUGACCUGCGGUUUUUUAAUACAACUGGUAUUCUGCAAAAAAAAACUAUGUGGUUUAUUGGUGUUAAAGUAGAACAAGAGACGAGUGCACCCCCUCCUAAAAAAAAUCCUGGAUCCGCCCCUGAAUAUUCUAAAUGGGACUUCUGCUAAGAUAACGUUGUUAGCACAUUCUUUUCACAAAAUGACAAAACAUUAUCUAUCUAAAAUUGGAUUAGUCUCGCCAAAAGGUUUUCAAAGGCAUAUUGUAACAGCCGUUUUUGUCUGCGUUGCGUGACGAGACGAAAACGGCGGCAGCGUUGCAGAUCCAAAAAAGGCAAGGAUGGCCGUACAAAGUUGAAAAAGAUUACAAUGGAUUGCACUGAUUGUAGUUUUUGAAAAGCUGUCUGCCUAACAGGCUUUUCAAAUUUCAAUUUGUUGUUUUUAGCUUUGCCGAUAUAAUACUUGGGAAAUAUUUGGGACUUUCUUGGGAUAUUUGUUUGACAUGAAGCUGUGUUUGUAUCAUUUACAAGUAAUUUCUUCGCUAACGUUAGGUUUCAUAGCGAAUAAGGACGCGUAAUUUUGGCGUAGCCCCUUCGUUUAUUUGUUGAUGGAAGCCUUAAAUGCUAAUUUAUCUCUUUGUUUACAAACUGUAACGGAGUCAUGUGGACACACCCUAAAAAUAAUGACCAUGCAAUCAAUUACAUUACUAGAAUGUCUUUAUUUGCUGUAUAGAUGUCAAUGAAUGCGAGCCAUCAAAUGACUGCAUGCACCAGUGUGAUAACACGCCGGGAAGCUUUAACUGUUCUUGUAAUGAGUUUUUCGUGGUAGAUCCAGCAGAUUGGAGAAAGUGCGUGGGUAUGCAUUGUAUUUCUUUUUUCUUGUCUUUUUGUCUGUAGUAACACCCAUUUAUUUAUUUGCCAUGGGAGGUUUUCUGCCAAUAGUAAAAUUGAAAGCGAAAAUACGUAACCGUUGGAAUUUGACUGAUUAUAUAAUCGAUCAACGGGAUGAUUUCUGAUCAAUAGUUUUGUUUUUCUUACUUUUUAGCAACGAACCCCUGUUCUCCAGAUCCUGGCUGUGACCAUGUGUGUUUCAGCGAUGCCAAUAAUCAGCCAAACUGUGACUGUUUUGCAAACUUCAAACUUCAGAGUGAUGGAAGGACAUGCACAGGUACUUGAUAUUAUAAGGAUUCUGCCUUUGUUGAUAAUGAAGGCGCGAAACAAAGCCGACCUGGCAGAAGUGUCAAUCAUGUUUCGUAACUAAGAUAUAUAUUAUGCAUAACAAAGAAUAUAUAUAUAUAUUAUGCAUAAUAUAUAUAUUAUGCAUAACAAAGAAUAAAAAAUUAUUCAGCAGAAAAAAAGGCAAAACAGUAAUUUAAGUAGUAAGGAGGGAUAAAUACAAGAUACGUGUAAGUAUUGUAAUCAUUACCGACAAGAAAGGAUAGAGCUUUAUCCUCUCUUGUUACCGAACCACCGUAACAACAUGCUCCUCGCGAUCGAAUAACUGUAACAAAUUCUUCCAACCCCUCUCGUGUUUGUAUCAGGCUAUGCAAACACGAAAAACGUUUUCUAUUCCUUAAAUAUAUAAAUGGAUGCCGCGCUUUGACUAAGGGCUGUUGCAAGCAAUCCCCCCUCCCUCCUGUCACCCCCAUAACGUAUCCUAAACAGGCUUACGAAUAUUUUUCUCGUAUACACUAGAUUAUUCCUUACCCAAAAUCCAACUUUACGUAGAGACCAGACGGUUUAUCAGUCAAAGGACGACAACCCGUUUCAGUACGUGGGUCUCAGGGAACUCAUAUUUUCACCACAAAAAAUGCACAGAAUCCAGAAUCGGUUUGCUGCAGCUUGUAAAUGUCGCUCAUUUUCACACACCCGCGCGUCGCCUAGGUUUAAGCACUACGCGAUGUCUUCUGUGCAUGUUAGCUCUUUAGCUGGGAUAUACUUAAAUUAAGCAUUUUUUCUCAGACAUUAACGAGUGUGAUCCGGCUACGCCUCUCCAUCGUUGUAGCCAUAUCUGUCAGAACAUCCCUGGAGGAUAUAAUUGCUCUUGUCCAGGAGGAUAUCGAUUAUCCGACGAUGGGUACACUUGCAAUGGUAAUGUUUUGGUCUUUUUUUCCAAUAACUAAGUACAUUUGUACGUUAAGAUAACACCAGCAAUGUGAGUUCUCCCUUAUUUUUGGAGAAAAUUUCAUUUUGUUCUAGUUCUCCUAGCGAGACUGAUAUUGCCAGUCAAUCAUAUGCCCCGAACACACCUUUGACCUAGGCCUUAACGCCCUUGAGUACUGCUAAAACCUACCACGGUCAACUGUCCUCAGGACAGAAACCGUAUGGGCCACUUGCCUGUCCUAUGGGGAGUCGAAGGAAAUUUAGCCUUAAGGGUCCGAUAUGGGGCUACGAGGACGAACUCUUUGUCUCUGUUAAGAAGGCUAUAUUUCCAUCUUAUAGGGGUGUCUGACACUGUAUUGAAUGGUUGUCAGCCUAACAGAGCCAAAGAAAAUUCAGUUCUAAGGAAGCGUUAAGGAUCACCGUUUUAGGGAACGUAUCCACCGUUUUGUCUAUUUAAUAAUUAAACCACGAGUGCGCGUUGGAUAUUUGGUGGUAGUAGCCAACAAGGAGGCGCGUAGGGCCUCGUUGGCCGAUAUCAUCUCAUAUCCAACAAGCGCGAGUGGAAUAAUUGUUUUAUUAAAAACGCCCAUAAAAUAUCGAGAAUCAGGCUUCCCGACUUUAUUUGUUAAAACAACCGAUUUUCGGUUUGCUUUUCAUUUUUGAGCAAACGCGUACAGUUACCCUAUUUUGAAAGCACGAUAUAAUGGCUCAUAUACCAUGAUGGCUAAGCCAAUCAGAGCUCUAGAAUCGCAUCAUCCAAUGAUUCAGUUUUUCAUAAUUCCAAAUCUCCCAUAAUACGCUUUGUUUAUUCCCCCUGCCCCCAAAUUAUGCAUAACCUGUUGUUUUGAAAUGCUCCUGAGAAAAUUGGAUAUUCCGUAGAGUAUUGAAAACAAAACUUUAUGCAGCAUUUAGGGCCGGGCGGGUAAACAGAGUGCAAUAUGGGGGAUUCCAAAAUAGCCAAUAAAGAUGUUCUUUAAGUUAGUGUUCAAAUUGGCAAAAAGCUGAAGUAUUCCACAUUUUUUUUACUUUCCAGAUAUUAAUGAGUGUGUAGAUGACAGGUUGUUUAACUGCACGGACGUUCAAAGGUGCAUCAAUGACAUCGGUACUUACAGAUGUGACUGUGGAGAGAACCUUUUCUUUAUUGAUGGACAAUGCAGAGGUAAUGAUAUAAUGGGGACACAUAUGGUCAAUUAUUUGACGAACCGUAUCUUUAUUAGACUUAAGAUAAACUUUCGAUUAAAAUAUUCCAAGAAGCCUUCAGCUUGAGAUUGGAAAAAAUACUUUAUUCUAUGAAGUAUUACUACAGUCACCUUCAGUAACGUGUUUGUCGCCAGAGACGGGUGUAGAAAAUCCUCGACCGAAAUCGAAGCGAUGAUCUUCAGAACUCUAGUAAUCGUUAGCAUGAGCUAGAUCUGACUGGGAAAAAUCGAAAAAGCUUUCAAAUAAUGAGUGUCCUUGAAUUGCCGGGUAUAGAGAUUUUUGCUAUUUAAGAUUUCAUGGCCACGGCCCGACACCUUUUGAACAGUCGAAUGGGGCUUCACUGAAGGAAGAAGAUAAGGAAGUUAAAAGCCGCGACGUGAUAUUCACUUUAUUCCUUAUAUGAAAUCUGCAUUCUAUUACAUUGCAGUUGGAAUGAUAAGACAUCUAUGUCUCCAAAUAGUAUUCUGAAUGUUGACUUAUCUUAUUUCCUCAAGUGUACAGGACUUUUUCAAAGAUUUUAGAAAAUAAGAACCUGUUUCAAAUUUAAAGCUAAACAGGUUCUUGUAUAUAAGGGUCCUAACUGGCAAAUUGUAGCCUAACAGGCUCCUAAAAACCAGGUUCUUAGCCGUGCGUGUUUAUAACAGCGAUAAUUGUUAUUACGUCAUAGCUCUGGAGAUAAACGAGACAAUCCCUACCCCUCCGCUUGCUGAGCCGCGAACGCCAUCAGCAGAAGAACAACUGGAGGCGGUGCAGAUAACCGUUCUUUAUAGUAGCACUGUAAGUAUUUUUUCUUGUAUUAAUUGUUAGUAAUUGUGUGUCUUUCUUCAAACGAUUUAAUGCGAGAAAAAAUAUACAUAUGCCCCGCCCCCCGCCCCCCUCCCCAUCAUUUAUGCAAAAAAGUGUUCGUCAAUGAUAUCAAUUAUAAACUUCUUGAAGUUGGUGAAACUCACUCUUUAAAAAAAUCACAGCAUAUAUUUGGUUUGUGAGCAAAGGUUUAUAUUAUAAUGGUAAGUCAGUUGUACGUAAUCUUAAUAUUGUACAAGGUGACAUUAAUAAUGGUAAUUGAUGUAUUUAGUCUGAAAUCAUACACGUUAUUUCCAUUUGAAAUCGCGCUAUGAUUCAGAACAAAAUUAAACGACACUCAGUUCAAUCACCACUUUAUUACAACCAUUUUGAAAUCACAGAAUUCAAGCAGUCAGUACCAAUAUUUAUUUGAUCUAGUAGCCAGUUUGUUGAAGAGCGGAAACAAGGGGCUUAUUCAUCUUACUUUGUACCCGAAACAGAAAUGAUGGUAAUAGAGGGCGAAAAUGGUGCGAUUUAAAACAGGAAUAAUGCAAUUUAGAACAUGAAUGACGCGAUUUAGAACAAAUGUUAUUUAGGGCAAAAAAUCGUGUGACUCGUGAAUAAAUCACACUGCUGAGAGCCAGUCAGAUUGCAGGGAUCACCAGUGAUUUCAAAAUGGAUAAAAUAUAUCGCUGAUAUAAUAUAAUUAUUGCAGCACGAAAGCAAUAUUGCGGUGUCCAAGUUGUGUACCUUUCAGACCUACUUAUCGGGACACUAACUAUCUUUUUACUGUCUGUUUACUUGUUGUUUGAUAGUUCAAAUGGGAUUAUACAACAGACCAGGCUUUUAAAGAAAUAAUGGCGUCCGUUGCGUCCGAAUAUUGUAAUGUGAACAGAACAGAAUGUGCAUUAACCGUUACACGGCAAGAAAGGUAACUUAGUUAUUAACGGAUCACGAAAGCUGUAGCUAUAGCCUGCGCGCAGACUAAAUUAAACUCUGGUUAACUCCGUACUAAUUAGAGUUUAGUUAUCGUCUGCACGCAGGCUAGAAAGCUGUUGUCGUUUACAUUCAAGAUCUAGGUUGCAAUAGUUUUCUUGAUAAUUUGAUAAAACUAUCAGUCAAAAAACAAAAUGGACUAGUUUGUUAUUCCGCACAUUUUUUCUUAAGAUUAAUAUUUGUGUGUUUGAUUACGGGCUCGAAAAGUUGCGGGGACUUAUUGGGACACCGGCCCCCUGUGUGUCUUCACCUAGUUUACCUAUGAACGCCGGCUUUUGCUUAUUAACACGAGAGAGAGGGUGUUUCAAACGACAUCUAAACACAAAUAAUUGGGUGGAGUAACUCGACGUUGUCUAAGUCGACUUUUUAAAGUUAAUUGUUACUUAAGAAAUUAACUGAGAUAAUUUAUUAGUCCCUACGCAGCAGUCUUAGUGUUUUCAUCGUACAACACUUGGGGAGGAACAUUACGCGACGACAAAAAACGGCUACGAGUGAUACUAUAUAAUAAUUCAUUUAUUUAAUGUUUACUUAUUUAAUGGAUUAUAAUAAUAUUGAUUGAUUGAUUGAUUGAUUGAUUAAGUCAUUAAUACGCCUUUUUUUUGUCUGUUUGUUUUUUUUUUUUUUCUCAUCAGAAUCGACCUCUAUUUAUCUUUGCGAGUUCAUCUUCUCCCUGGUUAUCCUAGAAACGUCUCGGGUACUUUGCUCGUCGCUUUUUACGUUCAGCAGCCAGUGGGACUUUUUAUUGGAAACCAAUCAGUACUCCCUAGCAGCGCACUAGUUGAAAUUAUUCAGCUUUAUGAACGACAGAUUGAAGCCGCAAUUGGCGCCAAUAUAACUGGUGUGGAAGCUCUUUUCAAGCCUACAUCCACACCUACAGAAUUACCUGUCGCACCAACCAGCAGUAGUGAUGACACCGUGUGGAUUAUAAUUGGUGGUCUUGGUGGAUUGGUCCUUCUACUUUUGAUUAUUUUAAUUGUCGCGUUUGUGUAUAGAAGGUAA